AUGUCGGUUGUGACACCCAGGGUUCAACCCAAGGAUGGUUGGGCAAACGGUAACGGAUGGGCUCUGUUGGCUGGGCCCUUGUCCAAUCGUUCCCGCAACCCCAUCGUUGGGUCUGAGUCGCCCAAACGGUGGAAAGGUUGUAAGCCCCCACAUGACAUUUUCAGGGAGCUCACUCCAGGAACCUUGCCUCAAAAUCAGGGCAGCAAAAAGUGGGAUUACAAGUCCAACCAAGUCUAUGUUAUCUCAAUAUGUGACUUUCUGUGGACCCAACAGCUGAAAAUACCGGAGUUGCUCAACAACAAGUGGCUUCUGAGGCAGACACCACAUUUGGAAUUGGAUUUGGCACUACCACAAGACCCACAAGACAAAUCCAACGACUCAUCUGUAUGCGCAGAGAAGCCAGUUGCACAAUUUUGCUUCAUAUCACUCCCCAACUUUUGUAUCUUGACGGGCGAUUACGUCACAUUGCCUUUGGAAAAACUACUUUGGAUUUUUGCCAACUCCGGAUCUAAACAAGGGAAGCAAUCCCUGCCAGGAUGGGCCGAGAAAGACCCAACUGCCCGCUCGUUUGUCGAGAAGCUUUGUUACAAUUGUCUCAGCCCCGCCGAGAAACUUGCCUAUGAUAGGGCGGUAGACAUGGAAAAACAGCUGGAGGGUGACAAAGCCAUUGAGCAGGAGCGUGUAGCUGAGCAGUCCGAGCUUUUAGCUGCGGAACAAGACAUUGCAAAACAAGAACGAGACCUUGCACUCAAACAGAUACGACACCUGAAGGCAGUGUUGAAAAGCUUGGGUGCUGACCAUCCACAGCAGCCUGAUGAGUGA